GCCCGCCCAGUUCAGCGGGCAGGAAUGUCCCAGCAUUAAAGCAGCUGGCACAGGGCUCAGGAGCUGGCCUGGAGGAGCUGAGCAGAGACGCAGCCAGGACUUCAUUAGAAAGCAAGAGACUGCUAUUAUGCCAGGGAAGGUCAAGCUGCACUACUACGAUGGACGGGGCAGAAUGGAGGCCAUCCGGUGGCUCUUGGCUGCAGCUGGAGUAGAGUUCGAAGAGAUAUUUUUAGAAUCAGCAGAAGAUCUGGAUAAGUUAAGAAAUGACGGGCGUCUGCCGUUCCAGCAAGUGCCACUGGUCGAGAUUGAUGGGAUGGAGCUGGUGCAGACGAGAGCCAUCCUCAACUACAUCGCCAGCAAGCACAACCUCUACGGGAAGGACUUAAAGGAGAGAGCCCUGAUCGAUAUGUAUGUGGAAGGUAUGAUGGAUUUGAAUGAAAUCAUCAUCAUGCUGCUGACAUAUCCACCUGAGGAGCAAGUCAACCAGCUUGCCUUGCUCAAAGAGAAAACAACCAAUCGCUAUUUCCCUGCCUUUGAAAAAGUGUUAAAGAGCCACGGACAAGACUACCUUGUUGGCAACAGGCUGAGCCGGGCUGACAUUCAGCUGGUUGAAAUUAUCUACAACGUGGAAGAGUUUGACCCCAGCCUUACCGCCAACUUCCCUCUGCUGAAGGCCCUGCAAACCAGAAUCAGCAACCUCCCCACGGUGAAGAAGUUUCUGCAGCCUGGCAGCCAGAGGAAGCCUCAUGAGGAUAUGAAAACGAUGGACAAAGCAAGGAAGAUUUUUAGGUUUUAGUAAAGAGUCGUGGGAGCAAAGCACAGCCAAGACCAAUCUGCUAACAUUUUCUAAGAACUAACUGCUUGCCUAAUGCUGACGGUGGCUAUUGUGAAGCUAAUAAACUUUUCAAAUUAUGUACUAAUGAAAAAAAAAAAACCUCCUUUGAUCAGACAGUUAAAAUUCAUUCUUUUUCAUUAGGAUCUGAUAAGAAAUCAGAUAGAUUUCCAAUGUGUUCCUGACCUGCCUCUUUCUUGGAAUUAAAAACUUAGUACAAAAGGAAAA